GCACAAGGUGGUCGAUUCGUGAUAUCAUCACAGGGGCUCUGCGUUUCAAAGUUCAAUAGAAAUCAAGAUAUGAUCUUCACUCCUGUUCCAAACUUCUUGUUGUACAUAUAUAUUGGCUAUUCAAAAAUUUCCCUUAUCAAAUUUAACUCUUUGCGUGUCAUAGAGUUUACAGUAGGGCUUUAAGAGUCUGCAUUCCACUUCCAUAUUAAUGUCUAGUACAGGAGAGCAAGGGGUACCAACUGCCGAGGUAGCUGCUGUUGUUGUGAGCUUGGUUGUCAUCAUUGUAAAGAUUGUUAUUUUGGUCGUGGUAUGCCAUAAAAGAGCUCGAACAGGUAGCGGCACUGUUAGUUCAGACACAAGAUUUAUGACGCUCACCAUGGAUAAAUUUCUCAAUGAUAUGGAAAGAGAGAAGCCAAUCAGAUUUACCUCUCAGCAGCUCAGGAUUGCAACAGACAACUUCACUAAUUUGCUGGGUUCAGGAGGAUUUGGAUCGGUUUAUAAGGGGAUAUUUAGUAAUGGGACCCUAGUGGCAGUGAAAGUUCUAUAUGGGAACUCUGGUAAGAGAAUAGAUGAACAAUUCAUGGCAGAAGUGAGUACAAUUGGAAGAGUUCAUCACUUGAAUCUGGUUCGUCUUUUUGGUUUCUGUUUUGAGAAGCACUUGAGAGCACUUGUUUAUGAGUACAUGGGGAAUGGUUCGCUCGACAAGUACUUAUUCCAUGAAAACAAGAAAUUAGGAUUUGAAAAUCUUCAUGAGAUUGCCGUUGGCACAGCCAGAGGAAUUGCUUACUUGCAUGAAGAAUGUCAACAACGAAUAAUCCAUUAUGAUAUAAAACCAGGAAAUAUUCUCUUGGAUGCAAAGUUCCUUCCUAAAGUAGCUGAUUUCGGAUUGGCCAAGCUCUGUAACAGGGAAAAUACUCACGUCACUAUGACAGGAGGAAGGGGCACUCCUGGUUAUGCUGCACCCGAAAUGUGGAUGCCAUAUCCAAUUACCCACAAGUGUGACAUUUACAGCUUUGGGAUGCUAUUAUUUGAAAUAUUAGGUAGAAGAAGGAACCUUGACACGCGUCUUGCUGAGAGCCAAGAAUGGUUCCCAAGGUGGGUUUGGAAAAAGUUUGAAUAUGGAGAACUGGGAGAGUUGACCAUAGUGUGUGGAAUAGAGGCGAAAUACAGAGAGAUAGCAGAGAGAAUAGUUAAGGUAGCCCUCUGGUGUGUUCAGUAUAGGCCAGAUUCGAGGCCUUUGAUGAGUGACGUGGUGAAGAUGCUGGAAGGAGCAGUAGAAAUCCCAACACCUUUGAACCCAUUCCAGCACAUGUUGGUUGUUGCUCCUUGCCCUAUUGCACCUUCCCAUCCAUUACAGACUGGUAGCUCUCUUGAUUCAGAACUAUCAACUCAAACGAUUACAAGAUCUACCUCUAUAUGUGCCACUCCCCUGAUGAGGAAAUAUGAGAUUGAAAUUGCCUCUACAUAGUUGGGCUGAACAGAAUCUGUCUCUCUCUCACUCUCUCAUCAGUGUUCUAUUUUUCACUUAUUGAGCUGAUUCAAGGAUCCCUUUUCAUAUGUUCAUACAUUAAGGCAGGAGAUGCUACUAGAAUACUUUUUUCCUUGUUAUAUCUGUAUGGUAGAAAGAAAUAGUAAAAUACAUUUCCUUUGCACACCCCGACCCAAUUUGGUUGAUUUUGUUUGUUGUUUCUUAGAAAUUUAGUUGCUCCCUCUUAAUUUCAUAGCUGUUUUAAGUACAAACAAUCAUCUUAAAAUGAGAUUCAUUGGAUAUUUUGUUCGCUUUUGUUGGCUGUAAGAGUGAGCAUAAUAUAUUGCCAAUUUCUUGAAGUCGUGGUAUUCUUGCUCUUCUCAGCUUUGCAACUGGUACAGUGGUCCAAUCCCCAUUAUCAACGAAAAUUGCAGCAGAAUGUAUAGAUUCUGAAAUUAUGUGAUACAAAUUAUGUUCAAUAUUCUUGGGCU